GUUGUCGUUGGGUUGAAAGACGCGACGAUCCAUUCCUUGAACUGUAGCAAUUUAUGCGAGUGCCGCUGUCAGCAGAGGUUAUCGUACCUUCAAAGAGCGUUCUGUAAACAAUUGAAAUUCGUAGAAAAUUUGACUUAUAUCAUGGUGCAUAAUUCCAAACUGAACAUAAUGCAUUUUUCAUACAGGAAUGAAAAGAGUGAGUCUCUCCAGCAGGUGGUAGACUGCUCAAGUGAAGAGAAAAAAGAGAAUUUAGAAUUUGAAAAUGAUAAUCUGCAACAUGAUACUUCAGAUAUGUUAACACUUGAAGGUCUUAAAAGACAGUAUUAUUCCUGUUCUAACUGUGGAGUGAGUUGGUAUGAUGAUCAUAUUAGUUUAGAUUGUAGUGAAUGUGGGGGCUAUGCCAUGUGCAGACCAUGUCCAGAAUGUAAUGGACAAUGUGGGAGUAUAUGGCGGAGAGACGUAGAAUCAGUAAGUGUCAAUCAUUUUAUAUAUUAUUGUGCUUUGUUAAGAGAUUAGUGUGAAUGUAUUGAA